GAUGAAGUCCUGCAGCAUCUUGUUGGCUUGACGAUGCGUCACGGUAAGAAAUCACAAGCACAGUCGAGGAUCCAGGAAACGCUCAAUUUGUUGAGGAAACGAGCAGCCGUUGCUGGACAAGAUCCACUACGUCUUAUGAAGGAAGCAAUUGAGCGUGUAUCGCCACUGAUGAAGUUGAUUCAACGCAAGCAAGGCUCCAAAAACAUCCCAGUACCGAUUCCCCUCACACAAAAGGGAAGUCGCAGACGUGCUGUGACGUGGGUCUUGGAAUCUGCAGCGAAACGCACGAGCAAGUCCUUUGCUGAGCGGUUUGCACAGGAACUCGGGGCUGUGCUGGAUGGAACGAGUAGUGCCUUUCAAAAGCAGUUGGCUGUACACAAGUUGGCUUUGGCGAGUCGUGCGAAUGCGGCUAUCAAG